CUGUGUGACAUGCUAAUCAGAAGGAAUUAGGCUCAUCAUUCUAGACUGUAGCCAGUCACUCCUUCACUGACUGCAACAUGAACUAUUUCAGUGCUCUCUCCCCAGUCUGUCUACGUGGCAGGGAGGGUGGAGGAAUUAGGCUGAUUACUGUACUGGAAGGAGCAUAGCUCAGCUUGCUAUAGAGAGGUAAGGAAUAGUUCUUAUUAAUUCAUGUAAUUACCUAUACUGUUAAUUAACCACCACAUUGGAUGAUUAGACAAGAGGCACAACUGCUUGUUUUGCAAUGUUGUGAUAUCCCAUCAGGCACUUGCAGAUAUAAAGAUUAUACUGUGUAACUGCAUCCCUCUGUAUAGAAUAACUUGCUGGAGUUAACAGUUACAUUGUUUACAAUAUGCACCAUUUUAUUAGGAUUGGCCUUUAUAUAGAAGCCGUGAUUUAAAGAGGUAAUGUGAAUCCUUUCCCAUACAAUCCUGAACUGGUUAAAAGUUAAAGUGAAAGUAUCCUGUAUUGAGUGAUGUGCAUGAAGUUUAUUAAAUCACGUGGUGUCACUGCAUGUCAAUAUUGUUAGAUAAUGCCCACAUUUUGAAUAAAACAUAAAAAAUAACUUUAUUUCUUAGAAUUUUAAUGACACUUUAGGAUUUGAAAACCAUAUUCUAUUUACAGGGUCAUUCACUAAAUUGAGAAUUCAAAGAGAAUGUCAAACUUAAGGUAAAAAUAAUAAAACCGGGUCCGUUGUUCUUCUAGUUAAGCUAUGUUGACCUCAAAUGUGAUAUUCAGGUCGAAUUCUCACGUUAGUGAAUAACCCUGUUAGUGUUGUUUGCUGACAUUAACGGGAGCCCUUGUGAAAGCGAUCACUAUGGAAACUAACAAAAAAUCUUACUACUUGAGUCCUCGUUUGAACUUAUAAAUAGCCACUGUGGAAUUUUCCAAGUGGUAGUAGAUAAUAGCAGGUUGAUUGUAUCCCUUUGCAGAUUUUGAGAUGUCAAGAAGUUGAAGAGAAAAAAAAAUGAUUACACAGAUAAUGCAUUAAAACAACUGUAGUUAAUGAAGCAGUUUUGGUGUAGAGAUCAUCCCCCUGCUUAAUCCUCUGCCAUUUAGGAGUUAAAUCCCUUUGUUUAUGAAUCCCUAGUCACACCUCCCUGCAUGUGACUUGCACAACCUUCCUAAACACAUCCUGUAAAGUGAAUAUAUUGCUUAAUCAUCCUUUAUUGCACAGUAUGUUUAACUUAGAGGGUUUUUUUUUUUGUUUUUAAACUCCUGGAUUGUUUAUUGCUUGCUAAGUUUUACAGGAGCCUCUUGUGUGAGAUUAAAGUUCAAUUUACAGAGCAGGAAAUAAAAACUUAAACUUUAAAAAUAUAUAUUUUUUUUUCAUGCAGGCUCUGUCAGUCACAUACAAGGGAGGUGUGGCUAGGGCUGCAUAAACAGAAACAAAAGUGAUUAUAGUUAGUUUAUAAGAGACCUCAGAGGCAUUAUCUAUACACCAAAACUGCUUCAUUAAACUGAAAUUGUUUUGAAACAUAGAAACAUAGAAUGUGAUAGCAGAUAAGAACCAUUCGGCCCAUCUAGUCUGCCUAAUUUUCUAAUUUCUUUCAUUAGUCCCUGGCCUUAUCUUAUAGUUAGGAUAGCCUUAUGCUUAAUCCCUUAACCCCUUCCCGACCGUGGACGGAAAUUUUCCGUCAACCUUGUCCUUCAGUUAAGGACCGUUGACGGAAAAUUUCCGUCAUUUUCUUAAGUUAACCCCAGAUCGCCGCGAUCGCGGCAAUCGCGGGGUUAACGGUGCUCCGGUCUGCCUCUGCAUUAGAGGCAGACCGGGAGCACCCGAUCGGGCUGCCCCAGCACCGGUGCUCGCUCUGACAGCAUGUCAGAGCGAGCACAUGUGCUCCACAUACUCACCUUCCGCCUCCCUGCACUUCCGGGUUCUGUGUGAAGUGCAGGGAGACGGAUCAGUGCUGAUCUGCUUCCCUGUGUAAAAAAAAAAAAAAUUAAAGUUAAAUCCCACCCCCCCUGCCCCUGUUUUAAUAAAAUUAACCCCUUCCCUGCCAAUUGAUCACUGACUACAGUGAUCAAUUGGCAGGGUAUACAUUUUAAUGUCAUCUGAUUUUUUUUUUUUUUAACCCCUGAGGGUUAAUUAUUAUUUUUUUAACCCUCAGGGGUUAAAUUUAUUUUAUUAAUUAAUUUAAAUAUUAAAAAAUUAUAUAUUUAGCUAGCUGGGAUGGGUGGAAGUUAGUGGGGAAUUGGGGAAUUUGGUGUUAGGCUAACUAGGGGUUAACGUUAAAAAAAGUUUUAAAAUAAGCUUUAAAAAGGUAAAAAAAAAAAUUUUUUAAAUGUUUUAGUAACGUUUAAGUAAAAAAAAAAAAAAUACCACCCCCUUUACCCAGUCUAAAUAAAAAUUAACCCCUUCCCUGCCAGCUGAUCACUGCCUACAGUGAUCAAAAUACAGAUCACAGUAUUAUACUGUGAUCUAAUUUUUUUAACCCCUGAGGAUUAACUUUUUUUUUUUUUUUUUUAACCCUCAGGGGUUCCAUUUAUUUAAUUAAUUAAUUUAAAUAUUUUAUAAUUAAAUAUUUUGCUAGCUGGGGUGGGUGGGAGUUAUGGGAAAAUGGGGAAUUUACGGUUAGUGCUGCUUACUGCUAGUUAGGGGUUAACGGUAAAAGAAAAGUUUAGAAAAAAAAUUAAAAGUGUAAAAAAAGUUAAGAUAGUGUAAAACAUUUAAUAAGUAAAAAAAAAAGUUUAAAAAUGGGUUUUACAAAGUAAAAAAAGUUUUACAAAGUAAAAAAAUACAUUUAAAAAUGCUCAUUACCACUACACUUGGUACAAGCUAGCGGAAAUAUUAUCCCACGCUAAGGUUCAAAAUAUGCCUUUUGAAUUACCCUGGGAUGUCUUCUUUAAGAAAUGAUAUGCCUUUAUGGUGUAAUUGGAUGAUAUAGCCUUGUAAAAUACUCUAAAAUGGGACAUGGACACAGCAUAAAAAUUCAAAGUUUGGAAAAAACUGGAAUGGCUGUGUCUCAAAUGUGCCCCUUCAAUGUCCACAUAUACCUGGCAAAGUUACAUACGGGGGUAUUGCUGUACUCAGCGACAUAGCUGAACAACAUAUGAAGUAGUAUACAGUCGUAGUACACAUAAGGUUUGCAAAAUAUACUGCGCAAACUCACUUUGUGUGUCAAAAAGGCAGAAAAAAUGCUUAUUACCACUACACUUGGUACAAGCUAGCGGAAAAAUUAUCCCACGCUAAGGUUCAAAAUAUGCCUUUUGAAUUACCCCGGGAUGUCUUCUUUAAGAAAUGGUAUGCCUUUAUGGUGUAAUUGGAUUAUAUAGCCUUUUAAAAUACUCUAAAAUGGGACAUGGACACAGCGUAAAAAUUCAAAGUUUGAAAAAAAUGGAAUGGCUGUGUCUCAAAUGUGCCCCUUCAAUGUCCACAUAAACCUGGCAAAGGUACAUACGGGGGUAUUGAUGUACUCAGCCGACAUAGCUGAGCAACAUAUGAAGUAGUAUACAGUCGUAGUACACAUAAGGUUUGCAAAAUAUACUGCGCAAACUCACUUUGUGUGUCAAAAAGGCAGAAAAAAUGCUUAUUACCACUACACUUGGUACAAGCUAGCGGAAAAAUUAUCCCACGCUAAGGUUCAAAAUAUGCCUUUUGAAUUACCCCGGGAUGUCUUCUUUAAGAAAUGGUAUGGCUUUAUGGUGUAAUUGGAUUAUAUAGCCUGGUAAAAUACUCUAAAAUGGGACAUGGGAACAGUGUAAAAAUUUAAAGUUUGAAAUGAACUGGAAUGGCUGUGUCCCAAAUGUGCCCCUCCGAUGUCCACAUAUACCUGGCAAAGGUACAUACGGGGGUAUUGAUGUACUCAGCCGACAUAGCUGAGCAACAUAUGAAGUAUUAUACAGUCGUAGCACACAUAAGAUUUGCAAAAUGUACUGCGCAAAUUUACUUUGUGUGUCAAAAAGGCAAAAAAACGCUUAUUACCAUUACACUUGGUACAAGCUAGCGGAAAAAUUAUCCCACGCUAAGGUUCAAAAUAUGCCUUUUGAAAUACCCUGGGAUGUGUUCUUUAAGAAAUGGUAUGCCUUUAUGGUGUAGUUGUAAUAUGUAGCCUGCUCAAGUGCUCCAAAGUGGGCACGGACGCAUCAAAACCCUCCAUGAAAAUUCACACUUAAAAACCUUAACUUGUUACGUCUCUUUUAUAGCAGUGUAACUUCACAAAAUAGUGUCUAGGUCAUACAUUGGGCAUAUUGUUUUACUCAGAAGACUUAGCUGAGCAUAAUUUGGGGGGUUUGAACUUAGUGGCACAUAUGAAAUGUACAAAAUGCCCAGCAAAAAUGUAAUCCGUAUGUAAAAAAUGCCCAAAAUUAUUUUUUACCACAUACUUUGGCAUAUAUUGGUGAAAAAAUGGGGGCAUGUUAAGGCACAAUAUGCACCAUAUGAGAUACCCUGGAGUGUCUACUUUUAUAAAUGGUAGGCCUUUGUGGGUUUUUUUUGAACAGUCAAACUGCUAUAAUACCCCAAAUUGAAGCAUAGGCCCAUUAAAUCCGCCUCUCAAAAUUCUACUGUAAAUGUUGAAACGGACAGGUCUCCUAUAUGGCACUGUAGCUUCACGAAAUAGUGCCAAAGACAUACAAUGGGGGUAUCGUUGUACUCAGCAGAAGUAACUGAACACAAAAUAAAACUUUGUACAGGAAUAGCACACACCAACUUUACAAAAUAUACAUGGGAAGUUCUUUGUUAUAAGUUUGUGUGCCAAAAACUCCAAAAAACUAAAUUUUACUCCAAUAUUUAGCAGAGAUUGGCGGUGAAAUGGCUACUUAGAAAGUGUCAAAAAACCUUAGGACAAUAGCCUGUGAUGUCUACUUUAUAUAAAUAUAUACUUUUGUGUGGCAAUUUUGUUUUCUUUUAUGGCUAUUAAGCUUACAAGACAAACAUACAAAAUUCUAAAAUCGCUCUACAUUAAAAGUUUAUUUUACUCCUUGUGCUUUAUGACCUGUAACUACCAAAAAAAAUUUUAAAUCCCAGACACAUUAUAUAUUUUGUAAAUCAGAACAACUAAAUAAAUUUAUUUUUAAUUACUUUCUUUAACCUGCACUAAUUAGGCACACAUUAUUAUUGCAAAAACUGUACAAAAAACACAAUUUUUUUCAUUUUUUUGCAUUUUUCUGUAUUUUUUAAAUAAUAAAUAAGCAUUUAUAUAUAUAUGUUACAUCAAAUUAAAGCCCUUUAUGUCCUUUAAAAAACAGUAUAUAAUAUGUGUCGGUGCAAUAAACGAGAGAGAUGCAAAUUGCAGUUGAACGCAUACAGCAAGAAAAUGCAAAAAUUGCUUGUGUCAUUAAGCGUAAGACAAGCUUCUGAAGCUGUGUCCUUAAGGGGUUAAGGACCAAACUUCUGGAAUAAAAGGGAAUCAUGACAUGUCACACAUGUCAUGUGUCCUUAAGGGGUUAAACUCCUUUACUGUGUUAACCUCUACCACUUCAGCUGGAAGGCUAUUGCAGGCAUCUACUAUCCUCUCACUAAAGUCAUAGCGAAAAACGGGUUGCAGGAAGCGAUCAAAGAUCACUCCUGCCAUUAUAACUCUGUUACUAUCUGCCAGACAUCCCAGGCAGAUAGUAACAGCAAAUUGCGGCGUGUGAGCGAUCCGCGAUCGCUCACAAUUGGCUGCUGUCAAAGUGGGUGUUACAAACACUCACUUUGACAGUGAUCUCUGCUCCUCUCUCCUCUGUAGCGUUUUGUGAGGCGUGAGAGACAGAGAUCAUGAUAGUUUGUUGCAGCAGAAGUGUUCCAGCGCUUUAUACAGUAUCUAAAGUGAAUUAAAAAAAAUCCCUUUUAACCCCUUCCCUGCCAGAUCUGUUACAGCAGUGCAUUUGUACUGUCUGUAUUUUUUUUUUGCCCUUAAAGGAUUAAACAUUUUUAAAAAUCUGUGUCUUGGUCAGUCAGUUUCCUUCCCCCAAACCUCCAUUAGAUUUUUGUGACAGGAGUUAAUUUAGGGAUUGCUGUUUAGUCUGUUAUAGCAAAAAAAAAAGUGUACAAUUUUUUUUGUGUGUGUUUGUAAUUUGUUUUAGUCGUGUGUUUAAAAAAAAAAAAAAAGCAUCGUAUGUAUAACUUGCAGGAGGCAUAUGCCUUCUUGGCGUCAGACUCUGACGCCACUGACACUGCGUGAGAUUUUGACCCAGGUCAGUUUUCUGACACGUCUAGUCAAGACGACAUGUCAUCUGUGUGUGAGCCGGCUGAAGAAAGAAGCUGUGCUUCCUCUGCUAUGCCAAAUGUGGAGGAGGAUUGGGUACUACCCAAAAGUUUGACAAAGGCUGAUGGUAGAAUUCAGUGCACGAAAAGUGUUUAACUACCACUUAAAAUACUUUGUCUACUUUUCAAAAGUAUAUGGUUUGAUGGGGGUAAAAUACAUUGGUCCAAAUAGGACAUGUGCACAGGUUGAUUACAUGUCAGAAUUCCAAGUUUGGAAACUGAUAAGUGCACCUGCCAAACGUGGCCUUUUAGCCCCCAAAGAACCCGACAAGCCUAUGCAUGGGUGGUAUCACUGUAUUCAGGAGAUCUUGCUGAACACAUAUUGGGGUGUUGUUUGGCAGUGACACAUAACAGGAUCUGUUAUUUCAUGCCUGAAGUACAAUGUGUGUGUGGAAAAAAACAGAAAACAAUUUACUAACUCAAUGUUUGACAAAGCCUGGUGGUAGAAUUAGUGCAUGGAAAGUGUUAAAAUACCACCAUGUGAAAUACCCUAGGGUGUCUACUUUUCAAAAAUAUAUGGUUUGAUGGGGGUAAAAUACAUUGGUCGGCUUCAAAAAUGUCCCAAAUAGGACAUGCAUGCAGGUUGACUACAUGUCAAAAUUCCAAGCUGGGAAACUGAAAUGCGCACCUGCAAAAUGUGGCCUUUUAGCCCCCAAACAACCCAACUCACCUAUACACGGGGGUAUCCCUGUACUCGGGAGAUGUUGCUGAACACAUAUUGGGGUGUUUGGCAGUGACAUAUAACAGGAUCUGUGAAUUUAUACCUGAAUUGCAAUGUAUGUGAAAAAAAAAAACACCCUAUGCAAAGUUUGGCAAAGGUUUGUGGUAAAAUGGCUGCAUAGAAAGUAUCAAAAUAUUCUUAGAUGAAUACCCUGGGUUAUCUAGUUUAAGAAAAAUAUAUACAUGUGGGGUGUUUUUGGAGAUUUAUGACUUAACAGUGUUACAAUGUCACUAUUGAUACAUUUGAAAAAUGUACAUUUUGAAACAGCAAUUUCCUACUUGUACUUAUAGCCCUAUAACUUGCAAAAAACACAUAAACAUUGGGUGUUUUUAAACUCAGGACAACAUUUUGAAUCUAUUUAGCAGUUUGUUUCAUUCGAUUUUUGUAGAUCAGUGAAAGAUUUUUUUUUUAAGUAAAAGUCCAAAAAAGUGUGGUUUUUUUUGUUUUUGUUUUUUUUUCCACCAUAUUUUAUUUUUUAAUUAAAUUAUAUGACAUGAUAAAAAUAAUAGUAUGUAAAGAAAGCCCUUUUGUCCUGGAAAAAAAAAUAUACAAUUUGUAUCGGAAAAGUAAAUGAGAGAGCGGAAAAUUACAGCUAAACACAAACACCACAAAAGUGUUAAAAUAGCUCUGGUCCUUAACGCACAAACAUCACAAAACAGUCCGGUCCUGAAGGGGUUAAGAGAAACUGCUAUGUUUACAUAGCGGGGUUAAUCCAACCUCUAGAGGCGCAUUUGCGAUGCUGGAUGCGAUAUUCGCAUCCAGUGUGCAGAAUGUCCAAAGGAAAGUAUUGAGAAAUGCUUUCCUAUGAACUGUUUGAAUGCGUGCACGGCACUUGCUGCGCAUGUGCAUUCUGCUUCACUCGGGAGCUGGGGGAGGAGCAGAGGUCACCAGCGCCGAGGGUGCCCGGCGUUGCAUUAAGGUAAGCUGCUGAAGGGGUUCUAACCCCUUCAGCGCCAAGGGAGGGGGACUCUGAGGGUGGGGGCACCCUUAGGGCACUAUAAUGUCAGGAAAACUGGUUUGUUUUCCUGACACAAUAGUGAUCCUUUAAAGCUGUUUUGUUUUGAAAUUACAAUUUUGCUUUUAUGUUUCAAAAACAUGCAAACCAAAUUCUAGUUACUAGAGGCACUUAAAAUGCUGUCUAUAUAUAGAUGCUUGAGCUGUGGCUAUCUCCCAUACCUCCGGGGGGUUCUCUGUUUUUGGCCCCAAAUUUCUCUGUCCUCCUUUGCUAUCAUUCCUUCUUUUCUAGGAGCUCCAUAUUUAUGGUGUGUGAUAGAGAGAUAUAUAUCCGGCCGGCGUGCGUGAUGACGUAGAGCACGAUGACACCUUGGCUUCCUCAGAUCUUUAUUUUUUUUGUUUUGUAUUACUAUGUGUUUUGAGCCUUUACUCAUUGUAAGGUGCAGCUUUGAAUAGCAAUUUCAGUGAAAUCAUUUUUUGAGCUUUACUUAAUGUAUUUAUUCUGUAUAUGUUGUUGAAACAUGGCUUGACAGAAAAUUAUAAUAAUGACAAACUCUCUCCUUUUUUAGUCCUAAUGUCUACAGAAACCAGCCAAGCAGAAGAGACUAAUAAAGAUGAAGAACUAGAAAAGAUUAAAGAUCUUAAGUUGACCAACGUAGGUGAAGCUGUGUUAGAGGAGCAUCUAGAAGAGAGUGGAACACAUGAGGAACCUGUGCAAGAGACUCACGAAGUUGGUUCUCUUUCAACCCCUGAAGAACUUGACAGCAAGGAAAUAGAAUUACCUGUGAAGACAAUAGAAUGCUGUGACUCUGUGAACCUGGAACCACAAAUUGAAGGCAGCGAGACUCCGGAAGACCGUUGCAAUCAGGUAUUCUUUUCUGUAAUCCGUAUUGCAUUUAGCCUAGAAAGCUGUAGAAAGCUGGUUACCUGCAUGGUAUCUUAACCCCUUAAGGAUGCAUGAUGGAAAUGUUCCAUAAUGCUGGCCUUUUACUUCCUUAAGGGGUUAAUAUAAACUCAUUAGCACUGAAGUAUUUUUGUCAAAUUCCUUCCAAAAUUGAGAUUGAAAAGUAUGUAUUUUUCCCUAUUUUUCCAUCAUUACUACUUUUCUCUUCCCUUCUUUUUCCAUUGUUUAUAUUCCCUUCCAUUUUUUCCCUUUCUUUUAAUAUCGUUUCCCCUCUAUUCCCUUCUUUCCCCCUUCUCCCCCCCACUCAUUUUUUUAAAUUAUUAUUUUUUUGUCAAAAAGAGAUUGGUUGUAAUAUACCAAUGCAUUAAAUUUUCUAUUCAUUCAUUGAAAUAUAUCAUCUGUGUUUCUACCCUAAAGACUCAAGAUCCGACUACAAAAGAUAGUGGUUGGAGUUCCUGGGGGACAUGGGGCAAAUCUAUUUUGUCCUCUGCAAGUGCAACAGUAGGUAAGAUGUUCUUGUUCGUCUCACAUAGUGUCCUGCUGACCACUUUGAUUUUCUUAUGUGUUUUUGUAUUUCCAUUAGCAUUGCUCUGUAAAGCACUGCAGAAUAUGUAGGCUCUAUAUAGGUAAUAAUUACUAUAUUAAUUUCUUCAUGCAACCUUUGUAGAGAGCAAUAGGGCACAAAAUAUGUCAAAGAAAUAUGACAGCAGUGGCGGAUACAGAGCCUGAUCUCUGGAGGGGCACUUAUUUAAAGAAAUAAUCCAUGCACAAUAACCACUACAGCUCUGUGUAGUGGUUAUGGUGGCAGGAGUGCCGGGAACCCCUCCCAGAGUAAGUAGUCAAACUGUUUAAGAACAGUUUGACAACUUACCUGGGGUCUUCUGGGAUAUGGGGUUGUAGUAGGGCAUAGGAGUGGUGCAGUGUGUGAAAGGUUCAGUGUGUGUGUGUAGUGUUUGUAUGGGGGGCUGUGUGUGUGUGGGGGGCAAGUAUCCUCUAUUAAUCAUGUGGAAACACUGACUCAUUUUCAUGUUUGAUGUUUAAAAAUAAAGUUAUUCAAUAUUGUAAAUACAAACUGCUGGUAGAUCUCCUCGACUCACAAAUACUAAAAAGUAAAUAACGUCUGCUAGCUACACAUGUUCCUCCAAUGAUACUGACCCCAAUGAUACCGACCACCACUUAGCAUUACUAAUUUGAAAAUCAUACAAAAAGCUUGUUUUCCAUUUCAUAGAUAUAGCAACUCCAACAAGACACGAUAAAAUGUUCAGCACAUGCACACUUCAAAUGUAAUCAUCUAAGCAAGUUGUCCAUUAGAGUUUAUUCAGUAAGCUGCUCAUUGAAGUGAAUUAAAAGCCAAAAUGUUAUAUUUUUAACAGCUUGGCUACUUUGAUUUAUGUGUUUUUUAUUUUUCCAAUCAUGUUUGUAAUCCACAGUUAAACCCCUUAGUGUUUCCAUUCAUCUAACCUGAGACAUUUCACACGUGCUUAUUAAAAACUACAUACAUCACGCGUGCAGAUUACAAUAAACAUAGAAAUGAGACCCAUAUAGUAUUUUAUUUUUAUAGUAAUUGUAGUAGCUUUUUAUUUCUUAUUUUAUUUUUUAGACUUUUACUUUAAAGUCACUGUGUAAUUCUAUUGUGGUAGAUUUUCUGUUGUUAUCUCAGCAAGUGUGUGAUUGCUACUGAAGGUCCACACUGACUCAGAACCUUCCGCAGAAAUGAAUCUCCGAUAACUGUCAUUUAUGAUCAUUUAAACUGUGGUCUCUUUAAAAAAAAAAAAAAGCUUUAUGGUACUUUUAUUUGUGGUUUACUUCAUAUACUAGCUAUCCAGUCACUACGUGAUCCAAUUUUUUGGCUGUCACACUGACGUGGACUAAAAUCUUAUAAAAAAAUAAAUAUGUAACCACUAGUACAUCUAAUGGAUUAUAUAUAAUAUUAAUAGAGCUCACACCCUAAGGAUCAACUUAAAAGGCCCCUAGCAUUUUAAAAAGGCCCCUAGCACUGACUGGGAGAUAUAAGAGCCUUUCUGAGCCACCUCUAUUGACUCAUACAGAUUCUCCCCCCCCACCACCCUUUUUUUUGUUUUAAUAUUUAAUUUAAUACUAUCAUUUAUUUCACACACUUCACUUAUUUAUGUUGUUUUGUACAUAGGAAUUUCGUGUGGUAAAUAUUAACCCCUUAAGGACCGAGGACGGUUCAGGACCGUCAUCGGCAUUUUUGCGUUGCCGACCGAUGACGGUCCUGAACCGUCCUAACGGUCAGAGCUACUUACCUGAUCGCCUUCGUUCCCCCGGCGGCGAUCAGCGUGGCUCCGGUUGUGGGGAGACUACCUGCAGCCCAGACAGUCUCCCCACGGCAGAUUAGGACCCCUGGGGCCAUGUGAUCGAUCAACACAGCGAUCACAUGGUCACAAUAGGUGUCCAUGUGUCUGCCUGCAGGGGGACUGUCUGUGCUGACAGGCAGUCUCCCUGCUAGUGUAAAAUCAGUAAAAAAGAAUAAAGUUAGUGUUAAUAAAAAAAAAAAAAAAAUAAUAAUAAUUAUAUAUGUGUAUAUAUGAUAUAAUAUAUGUCUAUAUAUCUAUAUAAUAUAUGUCUAUAUAUUAUAUAUAUAUAAUGUCAUACUAAGUGUAUUUUUAUAUUAAUAUGUACUUAUAUUAAUAUAAAAAUACACUUAUAAUUAAAUUACACACGUGUAUAUAUUGUGUGUGUGUAUAUAUAUAUAUAUAUAUAUAUAUUAUUAUAAAAUAUAAAUAAGUAAUUAAAAUUAAAUAAAAAUUUUUUUAAAUAAUAAUAAUUUUUUUUUUAAAAAUUAUAUAGCUAUAUGAAAUUUUAUUCUAACUGUAUUUUAAAAUAUAUAUUAAUAUCAAAAUACACUUAGAAUGAAUUUGUAUAUAUAUCUAUGUAUAUAAAAAUAAUAAGAAAUAUACAUACGUCCAUAUACAAAAUUACAUAAAUAAUUAUAUAAAUAUACACGUAGACUUCAAAUAUAUAAAUAUGCAUAUAUAUUUAAAUUCUACGUGCGUAUUUAUGUAAUAUUUUUACAUAAUUCAGUAAUUUUAUUGAUUGCAAUUUGAGGGACCUGCCUGCCAACCCAGGCCGAAAUUCCAGAGAAUUAAAUUUUUCUAGCACUGUAUUUUACCCUGUAACGUUCUACGACACCCUAAAACCUGUACAUGAGGGGUACUGUUUUACUCGGGAGACUUCGCUGAACACAAAUAUUAGUGAUUCAAAACAGGAAAACAUAUCACAGUGAUGAUAUUGUCAGUGAAAGUUACUUUUUUUGCAUUUUUCACACACAAACAACACCUUUACUGAUGAUAUAAUUGUUGAUACGUUUUCCAGUUUUUAAACACUAAUAUUUGUGUUCAGCGAUGUCUCCCGAGUAAAACAGUACCCCCCAUGUACAGGUUUUAUAGCAUUUUUGAAAGUUACAAGGUCAAAUGGCCAGGUUGGUUACGUUGCCUUUGAGAGCGUAUGGUAGCCCAGGAAUGAGAAUUACCCCCAUGAUGGCAUAUCAUUUGCAAAAGAAGACAACCCAAGGUAUUGCAAAUGGGGUAUGUCCAGUCUUUUUUAGUAACCACUUGGUCACAAACACUGGCCAAAAUUAGCGUUCAAUUUAGUUUUUUUACUUUUUUCACACACAAACAAAUAUGAAUGCUUACUUUGGCCAGUGUUUUCGACUAAGUGGCUACUAAAAAAGACUGGACAUACCCCAUAUUGAAUACCCUGGGUUGUCUACUUUAAAAAAAAUAUGUACAUGUGGGGUGUUAUUCAGAGAUUUAUGACAGAUAAUAGUGUUGACAGAUAACAAUGUCACUAUUGAUAAAUUUAAAAAAUGUAUGUUUUGAAACCGCAAUAUCCUACUUGUACCUAUAGCCCUAUAACAUGCAAAAAAAAGCACGUAAACACUAGGUAUUUUUAAACUCAGGACAAAAUUUUGAAUCUAUUUAGCAGUUUUUUUCAUUCGCUUUUGUAGAUGAGUAAAAGAUUUUUCAAGUAAAAGUCAAAAAACAUGUAUUUUUUUCAAUUUUUCAUCAGAUUUUUGUAUUUUUUUUUUUAAAUUAAAAUACAUGAGAUUAUAUAAAUAAUGGUAUGUAAAGAAAGUCCCUUUUGUCCUGAAAAAAACAAUAUAUAAUUUGUAUGGGAACAGUAAAUGAGAAAGCGGAAAAUUACAGCCAAACACAAACACCACAAAAGUGUAAAAAUAUGCCUGGUCGCAAAUGUACAACAUUGCAAAAACAGUCCAGUCCUUAAGGGGUUAAAACUAAUAUUAAAACAGUAUUGCUUUUUAAAUUGUAUCUAUUAAUACUAACAAGGAAAAUGAAUUUAGGAGUGGUGGUAACUGGUUAAGAUUCUGUCCCCUUUUGGUUUUUUGUGCAUUUGGAGAUCACCUCUUAAAUUAGUUUGUGUUAGACUGUGUAUUUCUGUUUAUUGUGUUCAUAAACCUGUGCAUACACUUUUUUUUUUUUUUUUUUUUUUACCACAAGGUCACGGAUUGUCUGCUGUAAAAGAAAAGGCUGGCGCAACAUUACGAAUGAGAAGUUCUGAGUCGGAAAGUCAUGAAAGUAAUGCUUUGGACCCACAUGACACAGGAGAGCAAAGUGAGAUAAUUUAUUCAAACAGUCACAUCUACAGGCAACUCGGGCAAUUAUUACUCAACUGCAAAUGUGAAUCCAUUUAGCAAAUUUAAUGUAGAAUAACCAAAAUAGAUGAUACAUUACAGUUUGAGUAUGACUCGUGUAUUCUGAGAACUGCCUUUAAUGAACAAAGAUUAUUCAAGGAAAGCAUAAAAUAGUCUUAAUUCAGUUUCAAAUGUUGCGAUUUGGACAUGAACCAAAUCAAUUUAUUGCCAGCACUGCAGAAUGUAUUGAGGCUCAAUAAAUAAUUGUCCUGUUAAUUCUGAAAUUCAGGGAUUUUAGUUGAAAUAGCUCAUUGACAAAUUGAGUAGCACAUCUUUGUAUGUUAACACUUUGCCCACUGCAAUGUUGGGGUUAGUUUAGGAACUUAUCAAGGUUAAGUCUAAUCAUUUGGGUCAGUUUGAGGCAAAAUCUCUUCAAGAUGAAUAUGUACCGGUAGUUCUUAUUUUAAAUUUUUUUCAACUGAAAAGAAAAAGAUUUAUGUUUUUAGUUAAUUUCUUUGAGAUUUAAAACUUGAUCUCAAAUUGUCCAAAAUAUGGAGGCUGAAAAUGUAGACUCUACCUGAUAACUCUUAAAGUAGCUUUGUGUCUAUAUUCAUGCAAAGUAUGUUUUAUUUUUUUAAUAUACAAACAGGCACAAAAUAUUAAACAAGUGGCCAAAAUGCAGACAAAAGUUACUUUAUUUUACAUAAAUCCAUAUACAUGGGUAUAAAUUAACAAAUUGGUUGGGUCUAUAUUUUAUAUUAAAGGUACACUCCAGGCACCAUAACCACUUCAUGAAAUUUCAGGAGCACUUUUACCUCAAGGGGUUAAAACGUUCUCCAACGGUUUGAGCACCGAUGUCAACUUCCCCCUCAGACAGCAUCCUACUUCUGAAAUUUCAGGUUCAGGAAGCUGGGAGUGCUGAUGAGUAUGAGCGCCGCUCAGAGCAGCUAGCUGACGAAACUGACUUGGAAAGAGAAACACCUUUUCCAAGUCCGUUUUUUGAACGGAGAUUCACAGAUUGUCUGAGUGUGUCAGCUGAUCACUCUUAGCCAAUCAGCUGCGGCACUCCACGCUUCCUGAACCUGAUAUUUCAGAAUCCGAAUGCUGCCUGGGGGGGAAGAGGGGCUUGACAUCGACACUGGAGGCAACUUUGGAGUCAAACAGUUUGAGAAUAGUUUAACCCACCGGUUCCCAAACUGUGUGCUGCCGGUAACACAGGGGACCUGCAAGAUAUUUUCCCUGUGUUGUGAUGAUAGCACCGGGAACUGUGCCUCCCUCUCCCCUGCCGGCACUGCAGGACCGGAGUGGAGAUCAGAGAUCUCCCUCUCUGGCCCACUUGCAGUAUAAUGCCAGCAUGGGAGGACCCAAAGGACCCGAGUGAGGUCUAACCUGCAGCUCUGCCUGGUUCUCCUCUCAUGAUCUCGGAGCUCCAAAUCUCGCAAGAGUGAACUCUAGCAGCUCCUAAACUAUAGUGCUGUAGUGGUUAUUGUGCCUGGAUUGUUUCUUUAAAUAAUCUACCAGUGCCCCUCCCAAGAUUAGGUUCUGGAUCUUCGCCUGAAUGGCAAUCAUUUCUGCCGUAGAGGGCCACAGUAUAUGCCGCAGUGCUGUACAUGUAUACAACCUAGAAUUUUUUUUGACUUGGGGUGCCUUGGAAAGAUGUUGAAAUAUUAAGCAGCUUGAACCUAAAAAGUUUGGGUACCACUGGGUUAACCCUUUGAGGUAAGAGUGUGCCCGAGGCCUCCUGGCAUAGAUGAAAUUGUUAUGCUGCCGGGACUGUCCCUUUAAGUAUGUAUUCACUAUACAACUACUAGCAUCAAUGAAAGUGAGAAUUUUGUUUUAUUUAGAGUAAUCAUUUGCUUAUGGUUGGUUUCAGACUGCUUGUUUUUUUAAAUCUGGUUUGCAGUGGACUUAAUUGAAUAAAAAGUCACGUUGCAUGCCUAAUACAAAGAAAAUGAAUUGGAAAUAAACUUAGUUCAUGUCAAGUCUCAGACAUGUGAAUUAUCUUACCUUUUCAGUUGUUUAUUUAUAUUUGUGUCAUUUUUGCUUGUGUGAUGCUUUGUGUCUUACCUCUGUUUGCUGAUAAAAUAGAAGAACCAUCGGAGAAGGACGAUUACAUCUCGGAACCUUCCUCAAGUCCUCGUGGAGUGUUGUCAACUCUAACAAAUGUUGUACAGAAUACAGUAAGUUAUAUAGAAUUCCCAAGUAAAGACUUGAUGUUAUAGAUUGGUGUUAUAAGUAUUCCAAAUAAAACUCUAACAUAUAUAAAUAUAUUUUGUUUUAUGUACUUGGGUCCCAUUCAUGUUAAACAAAAAGCCAUUAAAGGUACAAUCCACUAUCCAAAUUAAAAAUGAAAUAAGUUUACUAAAUAUACACUGAAUGAAAAGAUGCAUGCAUUUAAUGAUGCUUUUUUUUUUUGGAGGGUUGUGCGGGGGGACACUUUGCAAACCUUCCCCUUCUAACCUCUCCCAGACUUUCUGUGGCUGUUCAAUCCCAGAAUUCCCAAUGCAGCUCAAUGAGAAAUAUUUGCAAGGCAGGUGCUCUUAGCAACUGCUGCCUCUUGAGUUUAAUUCGACUAAGUUAAACAACCAGGAAGUCACAUGACUUGUUGUGUGAUUGACAGCCUGGGGUUGUAACCAAGUUAAUUUAUAAAAGUGCCAAGUUCUGUUGAAACCCAGUUUUGUUUUGUAAGUGAAAAGUUCACACAUGGGGGCGGAGCCUGACUACGAGUCGGAGCGGACGCAUCUCGGCAGAGCUCCCGGCCAAAACCCGCAACGAAGCCUGAUUACAAGGGGCUUAAAACCCCCAAUUCACUCACCCGGGGACACCCUCUGGGCACGACCCAGCAGCCACACAUGCCGUUUGUAUACCCGGCACAGGGGAAUCCACGGCGGCGGAGACCCGAGGCCUACAAGCCCACAGCAGCCCUCGACUGGUCGGCACUCCUGGGCAGACUUGCACAGCCAGAAGACCCAGAGGUGGAAGACCUCCACACAGCACUCCUACCUACCUGGGCAAAGAUGGGUUGCCGAUCCCAAAAACCUCCACUGGAGACAUCAUCAGGGACAUAGGUGCCAUGCUACACCACCGAUGGCCGCCGACCAAAAUGGUGGGAACAGAGGAACAUGCUGCCGCACAGGUACCAAUAGACCCCAUGCCACCCGACCUACCCCCAGAAAGGGCUCAGACACCCAAAGAGACUCCAGAUGGGUCUGCCCCGGUCACCCAGCGGGACUUUCAAAAUCUGGUCGGGGAAAUUAAAAACCUCCUGGCAACCAGCACAGCGGCCAUUAAAACUGACGUGCAGGCCAUCAAAGAUAGGGUGCAGACCGCAGAGGGCAACAUCUCUGGCAUUAAGCAGGGACUGAUAACCCUACAGGAAUCUGUCCUGGCCUAACAGGUCCAACAACAGGCACUAUCUCUCCACUACACCGCCCUCGAUGACAGAACGAGGCGCAACCAUCUCAAGAUCAGGGGAGUACCAGACGCCAUCACACCUGACGAACUGCCUCACAACAUGAGGCGCCUUGUUGCUGCCAUCCUGCCACCAACGCAUGCCAAAAAAUUUAACACAGACGGGAUAUACCACCUACCAUCCUCCGGCAGAGCAGCCCCAAACAUGGUCCAUGAUGUAAUUGUCCGCUGCGCCACCUCCCAAGAAAAGAGAAGCCUGAUGACGGCACUCCGGGGCAAGACGCCUUUAACAUCUGAAGGCGCACAACUCACCGUUUAUCAAGACCUCACCAGAUCCAUGCUACAAUGGCGAAGAUCGCUGAACCCGGUCACCAGCGCCCUCAGAGAAGCAGGAUUAGAUUAUCACUGGAGAUCUCCCAGGUUCCUGGUGGUUACGCACAAAGGAACUGUUCAUAAACUCUCCACACUAGCUGAGUUCCCGGCAUUCUGUAGGGCACUGGGCCUCCCCACACCCAUGCAGGAUACCACCCAAAGACCCACGUCUGAUACCUGACUUCCCCGAGAGCCGAAUAGGCAACAAUACCUGGGACUUUACUUAGUAUUAGUAAAUUUGGCUGAAAGACCUAUUUAGGUCUUUCAGCCUCUUAGUAGAUAGCUCCCUAAUACCGUGGGAAUCUACUUAUUCAUUCCUUGACAGGCUAAGUAACAUUUUAUAUGAAUGUAUGUUACUUGAUUGUUGUACAUGUUGCAAAUACUUACAGCUGAAUCCUGGCUAUGUUUGUAUACUUUUUAUUUUAAACUUGUAUACAGUGUAACAUUCUUCAUUCUUCCACUGGAUAUAUUAGUACCUGGGCAAUACUGUACUUUGGCUAUUCGGACAUUCAGAUGUAUACGAAUGUCCGAAUUGCCAUUCGGAACGAAACAAAUUGUGCAUGUCUAUUGCUCUCACAGCAGGAAGAAAUUUGAAUGGAAUGAAUCAUUGCAUAAUAGAUUUAUAGGAUAUGUUUAUUCCCAAGAGCUGGACCUGCUUUGUAAAUAUAUAUAUAUAUUUCCGGAAACAGACUUUCCAGCUGGCUGAUUUACUAGAGCCAAAAAUGGAGUUAUAACCCACAAAGAAAUACUAAAUAUCUCAAAACAGUCUUUCUAGCUCUGCACAAACAGGGUGCUUGCAACAUAACCACUUCAACAGGUGUUGUGGUUAACUGCUUAAAGUAACCCUUUAAUACGUAACUGUUAAAACAUAUUCAUGCUGAUUGUCUCUUUAAGACAGCUGGCCAUACCAAAAUAAUGCAAAUGCUAUGCAUUGUGAGAUAGUAGGGCAUGAUUUGUAGGUUGAGUAUUGCAUUAUGGACUGCUGCUUAUGAGCCAGUUGAUGUGAAGAAGUUUUCUUCCUAAUUUUCAAGAGUUUUUUUUAUAUGUUAUGUAUUAUGUUUUUUUCUCUUCUAUUUGGGCAGGGUAAACAUGAAUAUCCAAUCUUAAAUCCACAUUUUGAACAAUUGACAUGGCUGUAUUUUGAACAUCACCUUGUAGCCAAUGGUUAGCGACUAUUUCAUUCAGUAUUUUCCAAACCGCAAGUCCAAUAUUUGGUUAUCUCUAGCCAACUUGAGUUGAGUCAGUUGUUGAAGAGGCCUUUCCCUUCCUGACUUAAAACUGGAGUUUAUGAUGAUUUUGAUAAAUGGGUCCAGUGAAGUCUUUAAAAAUUUCUUUGUGUACUAUGAUUCCUGACUAUUUCACUUCAUGUCUUAUAUACAGGGUAAAAGUGUUCUCACUGGAGGUCUCGAUGCCUUGGAAUUUAUUGGUAAAAAGACAAUGAAUGUUCUGGCUGAAAGCGACCCUGGGUUUAAAAAAACUAAAAUACUAAUGCAGAGAACUGCGUCCUUAUCACAGGUGAGAUAUAUUUCCUGCCAAAAUAAUGUAUGCACCGUAUUUCCAGGUAUGGUUCAUUAAGACAGUGUUGGCAUCCAGCCAUGACAGCAGAGAGUAUCUCACUUCAUUCCUGCACACUAAUGUCAUUUCUGAUCAAUCUUUUUAGAGUUUUUCUACAAAUACAAGUGUUUAUAUGCAUUAAUGAAAUGUAUUGUUUGUUUGGUUUUUAUUUCAUUUAAUUGUGUUUUUUUUAUUUUAUUUUUUUCUUAACAUCAGAUAUGUUCUGUCAUAUUUUUUGUUUUGUUUAUUCAAAAGAUUAUGUAUUUUCAUUAAUCGGCAGAAACUAAUAUCAUCGUAUGUUACUGUUUAGUCUGACCUCUUUAGGAGUUCUCUUACUCUUUGAAUAUUUGAAAACCUUAACUGUAUUGGUACUUCUAAAAUCAUUAAGCCUUAUCUACAGACCUUUUGUAUUUAAAUAUUGUGAGACAAACAUUUACUAGGUGCGAUAAUAGUAAACUGAUUACUUUAUUUGCGUGAGUCUGUUGGACCAUAUGAACUUAUCUAUUGUUGUCUGUAGUCGUUUGAAAUCUGGGUCGGAGAUUGGAAUUGGGAGGGCUUGGAAUAGGUAUAAGAGCCUAGGCAGGAUAUUCAUUUUGACCGAGGCUAGUCUACCUAUCCAGCAUAUCGGCAUGUUCUGCCAUGUGGUGAUAUCGUGUGUGAUUUUCUGUAUGAUUGGGGUGUAGUUCAGGGUGUAGCAUUAGGAAAGGUCUGUUGGCAGGUGAUGCCUAGGUAUUGUAUGUGGUUGGAGUUUAGCUUGAAGGGAUACGUCUUUUGUAGGUUCUCUAGAGUGGGGGGGGUCUAUAUUUAAGGGUAGUGCUUCCGUUUUACCUAUAUUAAGUUUGUAUCCAGAGAUUGUGGCGUACUCCUCUAGGGCUUGUAAGAGUGGAGGUAGGGAGGUUGAUGGUUCCGUGAGGGUGAUAAGUUGUCCACGUAGGCUGCGGUUUUAUAUACUUCUUCCCGAAUUUUAAGGCCUUUUAUGGCAGUAUUUCGUCCAAGGUUCUGUAGGAGCGGUUCUAGGGACAAAGCGAACAAGAUCGGUGAUAGGGGGCAUCCCUGUCAUGUUCCAUUGUGUAUUGUGAACAUGGGUGGUUGCAUGAGGGGUAGUAAGAGGCUGGCUCGUGGUGUGGCGUAUAAUAUUUGCAAUGCUUCUAGGAAGCCCAAUGGAAAUCCGAAUUUUUGGAGAGUUGCGAAUACGGACGGCCAGAGCAGCCUGUCGAAGGCCUUCUCGGCAUCUAGUGAUAGUAGGAGGGUUGGGAUGCGUUUUGUGGAUGCGGCCCAUAUGAGGUCGUAGGUUCUUCUGGUAUUGUCGCUGGCCUGUCUUGUGGGGAUGAAUCCCACCUGAUCAGGGUGGAUAAGUUGGGGUAGGUAAGGUAAUUUUGGUCUGUCAGGAGUUUGGUGAAUAGUUUUAUGUCUACAUAGAAACAUAGAAACAUAGAAUGUGACGGCAGAUAAGAACCAUUCGGCCCAUCUAGUCUGCCCAAUUUUCUAAAUACUUUCAUUAGUCCCUAGCCUUAUCUUAUAGUUAGGAUAGCCUUAUGCCUAUCCCACGCAUGCUUAAACUCCUUUACUGUGUUAACCUCUACCACUUCAGCUGGAAGGCUAUUCCAUGCAUCCACUACCCUCUCAGUAAAGUAAUACUUCCUGAUAUUAUUUUUAAACCUUUGUCCCUCUAAUUUAAGACUAUGUCCUCUUGUUGUGGUAGUUUUCCUUCUUUUAAAUAUAGUCUCCUCCUUUACUGUGUUGAUUCCCUUUAUAUAUUUAAAUGUUUCUAUCAUAUCCCCCCUGUCUCGUCUUUCCUCCAAGCUAUACAUGUUAAGAUCCUUUAACCUUUCCUGGUAAGUUUUAUCCCGCAAUCCAUGAACCAGUUUAGUAGCCCUUCUCUGAACCCUCUCUAAGGUAUCAAUAUCCUUCUGAAGAUACGGUCUCCAGUACUGUGUACAAUACUCCAAGUGAGGUCUCACCAGUGUUCUGUACAAUGGCAUGAGCACUUCCCUCUUUCUACUGCUAAUACCUCUCCCUAUACAACCAAGUAUUCUGCUAGCAUUUCCUGCUGCUCUAUUACAUUGUCUGCCUACCUUUAAGUCAUCAGAAAUAAUCACCCCUAAAUCCCUUUCCUCAUAUGUUGAGGUUAGAACUCUAUCAAAUAUUCUGUACUCUGCCCUUGGGUUUUUACGUCCAAGAUGCAUUAUCUUGCACUUAUCCACAUUAAAUGUCAGUUGCCACAAUUCUGACCAUUUUUCUAGUUUACCUAAAUCAUUUGCCAUUUGGCUUAUCCCUCCUGGAACAUCAACCCUGUUACAUAUCUUAGUAUCAUCAGCAAAAAGACAUACCUUACCAUCAAGACCUUCUGCAAUAUCACUAAUAAAAAAUAUUAAAGAGAAUGGGUCCAAGUACAGAUCCCUGAGGUACCCACUGGUGACAAGUCCAAGCUUCGAAUAUAUUCCAUUAACUACAACCCUCUGUUGCCUGUCACUCAGCCACUGCCUUACCCAUUCAACAAUAUUGGAAUCCAAACUUAAAGAUUGCAGUUUAUUGAUAAGCCUUCUAUGUGCAACAGUGUCAAAAGCCUUACUGAAAUCUAGGUAAGCAAUGUCUACUGCACCACCCUGAUCUAUAAUUUUAGUUACCCAAUCAAAAAAAUCAAUAAGAUUAGUUUGGCAUGAUCUCCCUGAAGUAAACCCAUGUUGUCUCUGAUCUUGAAAUCCAUGUGUUUUUAGAUGUUCAUCAAUCCUAUCCUUUAACAUGGUUUCCAUCACUUUCCCCACUACUGAAGUAAGGCUUACUGGCCUAUAGUUGCCCGACUCCUCCCUAUUACCUUUCUUGUAAAUGGGCACAACAUUCGCUAACUUCCAAUCUUCUGGGACUACUCCUGUUAACAAUGAUUGGUUAAAUAAAUCUGUUAAUGGUUUUGCUAGUACACCACUAAGCUCUUUUAAUAGCUUUGGGUGUAUUCCAUCAGGUCCCAUUGACUUAUUUGUCUUUACUUUUGACAGUUGAAAUAGAACCUCUUCCUCUGUAAACUCACGUGUAAUAAAUGACUCAUUUAUCCUUUUUCUCAACUGAGGUCCCUUUCCUUCAUUUUCUUCUGUAAAUACCGAACAAAAAUAUUCAUUGAGGCAGUCAGCCUGACCUUUAUCCUCUUCUACAUACCUUCCUUCUUUUGUUUUUAAUCUAACUAAUCCUUGUUUUACUUUUCUUUUCUCAUUUAUGUAUCUAAAAAAUGUUUUAUCCCCCUUUUUUACUGACUGUGCUAUUUUCUCUUCUGUGUGUGAUUUGGAAGCUCUUAUAACUUGCUUAGCCACUUUCUGCCUAAUCUUAUAGAUCAUUUUGUCUCCCUCACUCUGGGUUUUUUUAUAAUUCCUAAAUGCUAACUUUUUGUUUUUAACUAUUUUGGCCACAACUGCGGAGUACCACAGUGGUUUCUUUAAUUUUUUGCUUUUACUGACUCGCACAUUAAGUAGAGAGAUGGGCCGGAAGUGUCCCGGGUCUAAGUGUGUUUUAUUGGGUUUGGGGAGGAGGCAGACUGUGUAGCAUUUCUUGUGGUAGUGGGUUGCCUUGUAGGAUGGCAUUGUAUAGGUUGCAUAGGUGGGGGGUUAGCGUGGAGGCGAACGUUUUGUAGUAUAAUCCAGUGAACCUGUCCGGGCCUGGGCUUUUGUUUGGUUUGAGCGAUUUCAUGGUGCCCGCAAGUUCUUCUGGUGUUAUCGGGUCUAUCAGUUUUUGUACUGCUUCAUUUGGCAGGAAGGGUAGUGGGGUGUGCGUCAGGUAGUGGUCAAUGAGUGUUUUGGUGGUGUUUGGGUUCCGACGUGUAUCGGGGUCAUGGUCGUAUAGGGACGUGAAGUAGUUUUGGAAAACUUCGGCUAUCUUGCCGGGGUCUUCUGUUAUGGCUCCGUUUGAUGUGGCUAUUUUGUUUAUCUGUCUCUGGGCCGUGCGUUGUCUGAGCUUUCGUGCCAGGAGGGUGUCUGCCUUGUUGGCCUUGUCAUAAAAGAGUUGUUUGGACCACAGUAGGGCUUUUGGUGAGUCCCUCUUCAUGUGUUCCUUGAUAUGUCUGGCAUUUUGUGAUUUUUUUUUAUCUAUCACUUCUGGUGUGGGGUCGAGUUUUAGUUUGGUCUCCAGGGUUCUGAGUGUCGUCAGUGUUUUGUUCCAGGUGGGCAAGCUGUUUUUUCUUGUGUAUGGUUGCUUGGUUUAUUAUUGCCCCCCUUAGGACCGCUUUAUGGGCAGCCCAUAAGGUGCAGUCUACCGAGUCUUUAUUUAAGGCGAAGUAUUCUGUCAUGGUCUGGGCGAUCGUUGUUCGGAUCUGUGGGUUGUGGCGGAGGGUAGGGUUGAGCUGCCAUGACCAUGGUCGGGCCGUGCCUGGGAUAGUGAAUGUUAGUGUAGUGUCUGCGUGAUCGGACCAGGUGAUCUGGCCGAUGGUCGUGUUCUUGAGCAUGGGUGCCAUCGCCGGGGAUAUUAAGAUGAGGUCUAUGCGGGAGUGUGAUUGAGGUGGGUGGGAGAAGAAGGUGUAGUCUAGUGUUGUGGGGUGUUGAGAUCUCCAGGCGUCUAUUGGGUUCGGGCGAAGAAUGCAGAGAAGUGUUUGUCUGCUUUUGCUGUCGGUUGUCGGCGGUGUGUGUGGGUUCUGGCUCGUUGUCUGUCUACUGUAGGCGAUGGGAUAGCGUUGAAGUCUCCUCCGAUAAUCGAGUGGUGGGAGGGGAGUAGUGCCAAGUGUGCUCUAAGGGUGUUCCAGAAUGAACUGAUGGGUAUGUUGGGCGCGUAUACUGAAGUGAAUGCGUAUUGUUGCGGGCCAAUUUUGCCUGUUAUUGUGAGGUAUCUGCCUUGCGGGUCGGCGAUUGUGUGGUUGAUUGAAAGGGGGCAUGACUUCCGAAUGAUGAUGGCAUCUCCGAUUUGUUUGCCUGUUGGGGAGCUGGCGUAGUGGUUCACCCGGUAGUGUCUGCUCAGGAGAGGGAACUGUUUGGCUUGGGUGAAGUGUGUCUCCUGGAGUAGGAGUAUGUCUGUCUGCUUUCGAGUUGUUAGCCCAUCGCAUGAGUUGGUGUCUUUUGGAGGGGUUGUUAAGGCCUUUGCAGUUGAUUGAUAGGCAGGUCAGGGUGGCCGGCAUCUUACGUGGUUAGAGUGUUUGAGUAUUGUAGUGUGUCCUGCUGUUCGUAGUGUGGGGUUGCGGGGGGAAGGAGGAAAUGGAGGGACAAAGCAAGAGGAGAAAAACCAAAGGGAAAGAAGGAGGAGGGGGGAUGGGGAAAGGGAGGAGGGGAUGUAGGUCGAGAGUGCCUGGUCUUACUAAGCUGUUGCCAGGUGUCGUGUGGGCGGAGGGGGUUGCGUCCGUGGACUUGUGUUCGCUGUUCUUGUGGCGUGUCCUUUCUGCGGUCUCUGCCCCGAACUGGGUUAAAUGUUAAACAUUAUGCUUUGCGUGCGGUCCUGUACCUGUGUUUGUGUGGGCGCUCACAGCGUAUCUGUCAAGGUACACUGAACCCCAGUCUGUACAUUCAGUGUGCCCCAUCCUGGCGUAUCUAACACUAUGCUGUGCAUGCGGCCCAUGACGGUUUAAAAGAAAAGGGGGGGGUCGGGUCGGGUCACCGGGGGACUGUGUUGUCGGCGGCUCUAGUGGGUGCCGCACUAUGUCGUUGGGCUAUUCCCAGUAUCCUAGUCAAUAAGCCUUAAGUAUUAAACAGAGCUUUUUGUGGCCAUGGAGCAUAAACGUUAAGCAUGGUACAUUGCAUGCGGUCUAAGACUGGGAAUGGGUUUAGAGGCUCAGUGUUGUGUCCGCUGGGCCGUUCCCAGUAUCUUAGUUAGUAAACAAUAAACAGAGCUUUUGGUAUCUACAGAUCAUGCUCAUUGUACUUCACUUGCGGUCUAAGACCGGGAAUGGGUUUAAAGGAAAACCCUAUUGUUAACUGUACUAAUGGGUGCAGUGUUGGGUCCGCUGUGCUGUUCCCUGUGCAAUUGUUAAUAUACAUUAAAUUUUAAACUGAACUUUUGGUGUCCACAGAACAAACAUUAAACAUAAUACUUUACGUGUGAUCUAAGACCUGAAGUGGGUUGUGGGUGACCCGUGGGGUUUUGCUGGGGGACCUCUUGGUGAACUUGUGCCUUGGUUCAUGUAUCCAUUUGAGUUUGUCCCCUGGUUGCGGUGGAGGGUCUCGGCUUGGCCUGCUGUCUGGAGGGACGGGGUCUCGGCUCUCCGUGUCGGCCGUCCCCUCCGGGUGCGGAGGAGUCAGCAUCAGGUGCAGGCUGGUGUAGUUAGUCCUAUGUGUUUGGCAAAGUCCUGCAUAUCUGAUACUUGGUGGAAGGUGUAUGUCUGUUUCCCCCCCCUUUUGACGAGGAGCUUGAAGGGAUGUCCCCACAUGUAUCACCAGCCUUUCUCCAUAAGUGCAGUCAUGAGGGGCUUGAGUUCCCGGCGUUUACUCAAUGUGAUCGGUGCCAGGUCCUGGUAAAAGUGCAGUAUUUGUCCCAGAUUCAUUGGAGGGUUAUCCCUUGUGGCUUUCAUGAGCUGCUCUUUGACAGGGAAAUGUAGGAGCUUGGUGAUUAUGUCCCUGGGUGCAUUCAUGUUGAAGGUUGGGGGACGCAGGGCUCUAUGUGCUCGUUCAAUGUAGAGCUCCUGUUCAGGUAUGUCCGGGAGGAGAGAGUGGAAUAUGGCCCAGAUGGUGGGUAGUAUUGCCUCUGGCUGGACUGUUUCUGGUUGGCCCCUUAUGUGGAUAUUUUGUCUCCAUGAUCUAUUGUUCAGGUCUUCCAGGCCAUCCUCCAGGUAUGAGACCUUUUCUUGUAGUAUCUCAAUAUCCCUGGAAUGUGUCUUGGUCGUUGCAUGUGUUUCUAUUAGCUGGUGUUCAGCGCGGCUAGUGCGCGAGGCCAGGGCCUCCAUGUCUUCCUGGAGGCCUGCGAUUUUGUUUCUCCAGGGCGGCCGUUGUGUAAGCCUUAAUAUCAUGGGAUGUUUCCCUAAGCAUCUUCCUGAGGUUCUCUUUCGUGAGGGGUGUUGUUUGAUACUCCGUGGGUUCAUACCCGUCAGAUUCGGAGCCUGAUUCUGUGUGGCCUUGUGACAAAGAUGGCCGCCCUUUGUCCUUAUUGCGGAACAUUGUGGCCACCGACCGGAAUAGUGUCCCGUCUUUUUUUUGUUGCCUCCCAUGAGGUGGGUAGGUGAGGUAAGUGGUGAGUCGAGUUUUGGUAGCGAGAUGCUUGAAAUUGGUUGCUGAUUGUAAUCCCGGGGUCGGAGAGCUAAGGGCUCACGCGUCCGUCUCCAUGAAAGGUUAGGCUCCGCCUCGAUAGAGCAAUAUCUUUUAUAUAGAAUUUGUAUUGUAAUUGUAAUAGGUGUAGAUAGGAAAUCCCCAAUUUAUUCUUGAAAUUUUUUAGGGCUAAAAUGAUAUCAUUCACGAUUUCAUUUGAAGAUUUCAAAAAAUUUGUAAUAAUUACAAUCAAUCCAUAAUAGAUUAAACAGCGAUAUAUUUUAUACCUAGGUCAUACUUCCAACUUGGAUUAACAGAAAUCUGAUAAUCCCACUUUAGACAGUGGGUAAACUUAGUGAUAUUGUGUAUUUCUAUUAUGUCUGGGAGAUUUAUUUCACAUUUAUCUAAUUUUGGGGGUUAGAGUAUUAUAAGAGAUUCUAGAUAUUUUAUUUCCCCAAAUAAGUCAAAAAUUGUUUCUUAAGUUCAGAUAGAAUAUGUCUUGGGACUCUUAGAGGUAUUGAUCUGAACAGAUAUAUACAUUUUGGUAAAAUAUAUGCUGUAAUUGUGUUCAGUCGAUCGAGCCAUGAAAUUUCAAGGUUUUUCCAUUUUUAGAGAUCAGUUUUGAAUGAUGUUAAUAAGGUUUUAUAAUUGUCCUCCAAAUAAACCUUUUCAUAUUUGUUCUUAUUCAAAUGCCUAGAUAUUCGAUAAUCUCAUUGUUCGAGUCCCAAUUAUACUUCUUUCUCAAGUCUCUCUGGAAUUAUAUUAACUGUUAUUAUUUGAGUUUUAUUUAUAUUAAUUUUAUACCCAGAAUAUUCGCCAAGUUCCUGAACUAUAUCUAGAACUUGGGGAAUAGAUUUUACUGGGUUAGUUAACGAGAGGAGGACAUCGUCUGCAUACAUAAUAAUUUUUGUGAUGCUCUUCUGAGCUAUUUAUACCAUUGAUCAGGUCGUUAAGUCUGAUCGCUGCUGCCAGUGGUUCAAUAGAUAAAAUAUAUGAGAGGCGCCAAAGGGCAACCUUGCCUUGUUCCGUUCUUAAUGGAAAACCAGUCAGAUAUCAUACCAGGGCCUAGGGCUCUAGCUUGAGGAGUAGCAUAUAGAGCCAUAGUGCUAUCCUUAAAGAACCCGGCCAGGCCAACGUUCUCCAUCACCAUGUCCUGGAAGCUCCAGUUCACCCUGUCUAAUUCUUUCUCUGCAUCCAAAGCUAUAUAAGCUUUAUGUACUUUAUGUACAUUUGAAUGAUAUGUCAUAUUUAACAUUUUCUGAGUAUUAUCAAUCAUAUCUCUUUGGUACAAAUCCAGUUUGGUUUUUAUGUAUAAGAUCUGGUAUUACUAUUUUUUAGUCUUUCAGCGAGUAUCUUAGAGAAUAUCUUGAUAUCAAAGUGAAUCAGAAAAAUAGGACAGUAAUUCAACAAAAGGUGUCUGGAUCCUUCCCAGGCUUAGGAAUCGGUGGAACGUUGGCCUGAAAUAAUGUAAUAAUUCCUGUGAAAUAAUCUUACGAACGGUAAAUUCAUUAAAGAUUUGCUGUAAUAUUGGAGAGAUAGCACUUUCAAAUGUUUUAUAAAAGCCCUGGAGUUUUUCCUCUUUUUAACUAUUUGAUUGUGUUUUGAAUUUCAGUCAUGGGAAAAAGGUUUAUUUAAGGCUUCUAAUUUUAGAGGAUUACAUUUUGGAAGAUUAAAAUUUUCAAGAAUUUUUUAUCAUUUUAGUCUCUGCGUUAUUAUUAUUUUUAAGAUUAUAAAGAGAUUGAUAGUGUUCCCUGACAGCUUCUCCAAUUUGCUUAGGAGAGCGUAAAGUUUUAUCACCCACUCUUAUUUUUCUAAUACGGUCGUUCCUCCUUUUAAAUUGUAAUUUAUUGGUGAGGAGAUUAUUGCUUUUUUAUUCUUAUUAAGAUACCAUUUUUGUUUAAAUGCCAACAAACUUCUCUCCAUUUUUUUUUCUUGGAUUUUAUUUUUAAUAGAAUCUUGAAUAUCCGCAAUACUAUUAGAAGUUGUUACAUUUUGGAGUAGCUUUGUUUAUUUUUUUUCUAGUUUAGACAAAGAAAUAUAUAAAUCUGACAGGGAUUUCCCAUUCCUUUUUUUCAAAUAGGAUCCGAGUUUAAUAAAGGCCUUGCAUAAAACAUUUGAAUGAACACCAUAUUUAUGAAAUUGCAGCUUCCCCAUUAUCGUUAAUUUCCAUAAAUUGCUUUGCCUGUUUGAUUAGAUUGUCAGUAUUUAAUCCUGGCAAGCAAAGCAGUUCGUUCAAACGCCAUCCUGUUUGUGGUAUAUACUACUUGUUGUUUUUGACCAUUAAAAAAAUUGGCGUCUCCGACCAUGUUGUUGAGUCUGUCUUUGAGGAAAUGAAUUUAUCCAAAGACUGCACCUUCGUAACAAAUCGAGCCUAGAAUACGAACAAUGAACCUUUGAAUAGAAAGUAAAAUCUUUACUACUGGGAUUAUGCUUUCUCCAUAUAUCAUACAGUGAGUUUUUUGCCAAAUAAUCCUGGAAUAUGUUAGCAGUAUGUUUCUGCUGUGGGUCCGCAGACUUACUAAGUCAUAUACAAAUUAAUAUUUAAUAAACAUCCAGAAAUAAAAAAAACCAAAAGGGGGAAAAAAAUUGUGAAAAAUGUGACUUUAUGUUCUUAUUAGUUGAAGAGGUUUGUUGUAUGUUUGUUGUAUGUAUGUAUGUAUGUAUGUAUGUAUAUAAGGUUCUAUUUUUAAAGACACACUCCAGCUUGAAGAGGGUAAUACCUAAGCUGGGUCUAAAAUUGGUGGCCAGUGAUAUCACUGUUGUCGAAGGCAAUAAUUCCUGAACGACUCCUUAGCAGAGGAGAAAGGAGGCAAUGCAAAUAAGCACUUGGGGACCCAACUUUGGUGUUUAAACCAUUGAAAAAUGGUUGGUUGUUCUCCAAGCCCCAAAUGGAAAUAAUCCAGUGUGAUUUCCCCCAAGUCCUUGUGUUCACUGAUCACUGCCUAGUUACCAAUUCUGUGUAAUUACCCUUAAGUGGAAGAUGUAAGAAAAAUAAUAUAAAUGGGUCAACAUGUACUUUACAUACGUGGCAGACAAUGGAGAUUGGUGUGGAAGAACAAUUAAACAAAGAUGAAUCUGUAGUUCGGAAUUAUGAACAUAGUGACUUAAGGUUAUCUUCCUGCGGUCACAUUUUAUUCUGGAAUACAGGUCAGUUCAUAGAAAGGGUAGUGAUCUGCUGGUACUUGACAUUGAACUUUUUUGCAGAUGUUAAGGGAAGCUAAAGAAAAAGAAAAGCAGCGACUGGCCGAGCAAGUUACGGAUGAAAAAACCGCACACUAUGGAGUCCUUUUCGAUGAUUACCAGGGUCUGUCACAUCUCGAAGCUCUGGAAAUACUGUCCAAUGAAAGUGAAGCUAAGGUAUUGCUUAUUCUAAUAUUGAUCUCUAUUGUUAUCAGCAUGAAACAAUAUCUGCAAAUUACAGUAUUGUGAUAAAACCAUGGAGUUAUGCAUGCUUUCCACUGGAAUGUGCUACAUUAUAACAAAACCUAAAAAGAAAGUCUUUGAAAUACAUCUAAUUAUGAGUGUCACUUUCUGAAACUUGUAUAUCCCUAUCAUUUUACUAAUUGUCACAAAAGAAAAGAAGAUUUAAUAUCCUAUAUUUGUAAAAUCAAGACAAGGGAUGGUUUGAAAUGCAUUUUGUAUGCAUUUCAAAGUAAAUAAAAUGGCAUUUAAAAAAAAGAAAAUUUUACUUUUUCAAAAAUAUAAAUCUAUGCAUGCCAUCUAAGCAAAUAUCCUGUAUCCCAGGACUGAAAUGCUUGACCGGAGAUACGAAGAAUCUCCUUAAAGCUUUAUUUCUAAGACAUGUUUCAAUAUUUGUGUCUAAUAAAGAAAGACACUUUGAAGAGAUAUAUACAUACACAUGAGAGUCAGCAUGCAUACUCCUUUUGGGUAAAUAAUUUCCCCGUUUAUUUUUACUAUCUAUACUUCUUUAUCUCAAACAUGACUAGUCCUUUGAAUUGCUUUUAGGGAAUAUUUAUUUUUUUCUUACAUUUUGUGCUUAUUCAUCAGCAGCUAAACUUGUAUAUUAUCCGUGUUAUUUUUAUUUAGGUGCAGUCUUAUUUAUCAUCUCUAGAUGAAAGUGGGUUGGAAUCGUUAAAAGCAGAACUUAUUGCCAUCAAAGAGAUAUUUCUUCAGAAAGAUUUUGAAAAAGAACUACAAGAAACCUGCGAAAAAGGUAAACUUGAAUAACCCGUUUUCAAGAAUGUUAUAAUGCCAAUCCCCUAUGACUAAAUGGGGACCAAAAUAGAUACAUGGACAUUUUUAUCAGCAAAGAGUCUUGUAAAAUUUGAGGGAAAGUGGAUGAAUCGUUGGAGAACCAUCCUCUGUCUGCUAAAAAGCUGAAGCUUUGGAAAAAGUUAACCUUCCAGCAGCAUGAUGGUGGAAAACACUAUACAAAGCAGAUUUGGUAUGGCUCAAGAACAAAAAUAUGAAUAUUCUACAGUGUCCCAGUCAAUGUCCUGAUCUCAAUCCUAAUUAGAAUCGUGAGCACGGUUUGAAAUCUAAAGUCCAUAAGUGCCUCCCAACCAAUCAGAACCACCUGGAGCAGAAGAGUUGGCAAAAAAGAUAAUUGUUUGGGAAUUUGUGAAUAUAUAUAUAAUUUGUAAUCUAGGGGGAAAGAAAAUACUUUUCAAGGGGUUGGAAUGCUUUUACAAGGCAGUAUGUGUGACUUUACUGUAUGGUAAUAAAUACCAGAAUUGGUGGUUAUUCACUAUAGUUGUGUAAUAACAUGUGCCCGGCUGAUUUAUUUAACUUCUGAUUAAUUCAUAAAGAAUACAGGGGCUGAAGUCUCAAAUAAUGUGUAAACUGCUUGACCUAUUUAGGAAUUAUUUGUUUUUGUUGUUUUUUUUUUCAUAAAUUUGGAGUGAGCUCCAGCGUGGAGCUCUUUUAGAUCAAUUUGGAACUGGACUUACAAAUUCCAAAAAGUAGUAUGAUUAGGCAAUAUAAAAUGAUGAUUUAUCUCUGAACCUCUGGAAACUGAUCUUGAUGUCUUAGAGCCAGAUGAACCAGGGAAACUGCGCUUAGAAAUAUAAUUACAAUUCACCCUUAUAUUAGUUUUGUUUUAUAAAUCACAAAGGAAGCCACUGGAUGGCGCUCGGAGACCUUUUUAUGUAUUUCUGAAAACCUGCAGAUCCAUGUUACGUAAUUGUAUCUAAAUUAGCUGUGAACCUAUCUGACUGUGGUUCAUGAAACAUGGAAAGAGCUUCAGUAGGUAUGUUGGAACAUUUCAGGAUGUGGAUGCAUUCACUGACCUCUACCAGAUACACCUGUAAGCUAAUUACUAGCAACUCCUUCAAUAAAAAACAGAGAGACUUGGUCAAGAGGUUAAGUUUCUAUAUUCAAACCCAACAAGAGAAUGAAAUACAAUCUAGUAACUGCCUUUGUGGAAUGAAUGUUGGUACCAGAUGGAUUGUGUUGUGUAUCUCAAAUUGUUUGUUAAAACGUACAUUUUAAAAUAAUAAAAAAGUUAAUUCUUGACAACAUUCUUGCAGUUAUCCAUUAGUUUAAAAGGAUUACUAGUGGUAACUAUUAAAGAGUUAAGAAAAAAAUAAAACCACUAUUUCCAUUAACUUUUUUAUUUCUUGUAAAAAUAACUGUAAAAUAUAUUUUGCUUGUGCAGUUUGCCCAUUUGUGCUGAAGUCAUUAGAUGGUAUUUUUCCAAUAUUCUGUUCCAGAACGUCUCCUCCACGCAAUUAUAAGCAAUAGAGCCAGGUUAUUGUUGACCGGUUGCCAACUGUUAUUUAAUUUGGAAAUUUUUUCACUAAUGUAUUUUCCCUUGCAGAAGAGGAGACAGAAGAAUUUGCCAGCAUGCUUACAGAACUACUGUUUGAACUACACGUCGCCGCCACCCCUGACAAGCUCAACAAGGUUUGUUUUAUAGUUUAUAUUUUUAUUGACGCAUUUUUCAAGGUUCCAGCUUUAACUAAAUGUGCUGUGUGCAGGUUCCGAAUAUGUUCACUGGUAACAUUUCCUGUGUCAACUUCCUUACGCGUAUACAUAUGUGUCAGUUCUCAAAAUUCUGUAAAGGAACACUAUAGUGUUAGAAAUAUAGAUGUGUAUCCCUAACGCUAUAGUAUCCUAGUCACUUAGUUGACUGCUGCCACAAGGGUUAGAUGUAACUUACCAUUUCCCCUUCCUCUGCACAACUUCUUAGUUAGGAUCAACGAUCUUGUCCAAUCCCAUGAUCUGUCUUUAGAAACCUUUGGGAGGCUAGUGCGCAUGCAUUGUAAAUUGCCGGGCUAUGCCAUCUGAUUAAAAUAACAGAACAAUAACAGCGUUUUACUUUGCUAUUUCUGCCUAAAUCCCUGUAGUGGCUGUCCGAGUGACCGCCGCUAAUGCCAUUUAAACCCUGCAGAACAGUAAUGUUUUUACAUCCUUAAUGGUUAGCAUGGACUUCCACUUCACUCAAUGCAAUAUGUGAUAUACAUGGCUGCCAUCAGAGUACUUGCGGGCCCCCACAACCCCACCUACACACAUACUUGGGGGGUGGGGGUGGUAUGAAUUUUAUGUGAAGGGGUCAGGGGUGUACUAACUUAAUGUGAAGGAAGGGGUAUGGAUUUUAUGUGAAGGGGGCCAGGGGUGUAUUAACUUUAUGUGAAGGGGGGGGGGUAUGAAUUUUAUGUGAAGGGGUGUAUUAACUUAAUGUGAAGGGGGGUAUGUAAUUGAUGUGAAGGGAGGGGUAUUAACUUAAUGUGAAGGGGCUGCGGUGCAGGGUUUUUAUGUGUAGGGGGUGCAGGGUUUUUAUGUGUAGGGGGCAUGCAGGGUUUUUAUGUGAAGGGAGUGUAUGAAUUUUAUGGAAGGGGGUGCAGGGUUUGUAUGUGAAGGGGAGGUGCAGGGGUUUUUGUAUGAGGGGGCAGGGUUUUUGUGGAAGGGGGGCAGAGGAUUUGUAGAUGGGGAUGCAGAGGUUUUGUAUAAGGGGGCAGAUCAGGGGGUUUUGUAUGAGGGGGCAGGGUUUUUGUGGAAGGGGGGCAGAGGAUUUGUAGAUGGGGAUGCAGGGGUUUUGUAUAAAGGGGAAGGACAGGGGGUUUAUAUAAUGGGGCAGGACAGGGGUUUUGUAUAAUGGGGGGAGGACAAUAGUUUUAUUUCUAAGUUAAUUUAUUUUACAACUGUUACAACAGUUCUAUAUUUUUUGUUACAUAGUUAACUUAUUUUGUUACAACUGUUUGUAUUUGUUUAUUGCAUGUGAAUUUUGGAAAUGUCUGUGUAAACUGGAACUUUACAAUAAAUGUUGCACUGUAUUUUCUGAGAAAUAUAAAUGCAUACGAGCAUAUACAUUAUAUUUUUUUUGGGGGGGGGAUCUUGGGUGAGUUCCCACACUUUUUUCACAGGGCUUGACUCCUGCAUACACACACAUAUCCAGAUACAAACUGCCAGACAUACACUGACAAACAUACCCACGCAUGCUGGCAGCCAUGGACAGACAAACAUGCACAGACACAUACACUAACACUGAUAUUGAAAUUUAAGUAGUUUUAGUAACCCUCCUUUUUGCCAGGAGGGUGGUUUCCCUGUGGUUCAGCAGAGAUCCUGUGUCAGCUGCAAGCAGCGCUGAGAGGAGUUGCUGAACUGUUCCUCUCUCCCACGUAGCUUCCUUUCAGCACUAGGUUUCUGGGUUUAAAUGAAUGGACAUCACUUCCUCCCAGUGCGACCGUGCAUGUCGGUUGGCAUUACUUGUAAGAGACUCAUGCCAUCACAGUUCUGCAAUGUAAUGUAGUGUUGCAAGACUCCAGAGCACAACAGGCUCUUUAACAGAUUACUUAUUAACUCUUUAAGUGUGAUUUUGUGUACUAAAAUAAAAUGGUAAUAUUUCAUUAUGUAUAAGGAGGAAUGCAGGGCAUAUAAUGUCAGAGACAAAGGUUUGAUGAAAGCGGGUAAGACAUAGGAGGCAUGGACGGGGGAAGCAUGCUGUCUUUGGUUUUCUGGCCAUGUAUGCACAGAAGUGACACUAGCCAGCCUGGUUGCUGUAUAACAACAUUUCACUAUGUUUUAAGGAGGAAUGGGGGAGAUAAAAGUGUGAUCAAAGUAAUCUAAUGUCCAGAAGAAGGCAUCUAAGGAGUAAGUGUCAAGGUUUAAAAAGCAGGGAGGGGGAGAAAAAACCUUUGGGAAUAGAAUAAGGGACUUUGGGAGAGGAACUUGGAGACUGGGAGAGGGUGUAGACCAAAGGGAUGGAUAUUUUAGUAUGGUUAGACCAGUGACACAGGUGCUAGGAGAUGGGUCAGAUUAUUAUAAUGUAAUUUAAAAAAAGCAUAGAAGCCUCAGCAUUGUGUUCCUUUAGCAAAGAUGCUUAACCAGAGGCAAAUGACGCGGGGCGCAAUAAAUACAGCUCCACGUAAUGCUCUUGGCAAAAUUUAUAGGAACAAACUGCAAAAAGCCAGGAGGAAAAGAUUUUGGAUGCCACAGUCUCCUACCAUUGAAGCCGUCAUUUGUGAAGAAAUUCUAGUCCCCUUUCCGUAGGAUGCAGCUUUUGGAAAAUCAUGCCAGGUGAAAGGCGGGUGCCCAUUAUUGUACUCUGAACCACAUUGUUUGUUUUUACGAAGUGUUUUUUUUUUUGUUGUGGUUGAUUAUUAAAAAAUAGUAUUUUAAUAGUAUUAAGCUAUGCUGUUUUUCCUUUUCUCUUGUAUGUCAAUUAAUGAUGAGUGACGAGUCAUUAAUGGGAAAGGUGUAAGUGUAUUUGGGAAUUGCACUGCAUUUUCACUGUGUUAGGUACUCAAGACUGUCUCCAUUACUAUUUUUGUAAAUAUGUUUAACCAUUUGAAGGCCAGCUAUCUUUUUCUGGGCAUUCAGUUACAGAACAGAGGACUUAUCAGUCAUUAUUUGUGUUGCUUUUAGACUUUUUAUUAAAUUACGCAGUUUAGAAAGUUAUUUAAAUUCUGAAUACAAACCGGGUUAUUCACUAAAGUGAGAAUUCCAAUUCAAUUUUAAAUUUUAAGGUUAGAAUAGCCGAACUAUAAAAAUUGCUUCCAGUUUUAUUUAGUAUCGUUUUAAACUUACUUUGUAUGGGCACGUUUGUAAAUAAACCUGAUUGUAUACAAGUUUAUGAAUGUAACUAGUCAGUUUAACACUAUAUUUGUUGAUUUCUUGGUCCUUAAUUUUAUUCCAUGAAGUUACAUUUUUUUCCAUUUGCAUUGAAAAAUAAAAUUCACUUAGAAAUUAGAAGCAUGCCUGUGUUGUUUGUGUUUUGGUUUUAUUUGUAACAUGGUUUUACAUUGGCAGUUUCAAUAAAAUAUUUCUUUUUUAUUUUAGGCUCGAAAGAAAGCUCGGGACUGGUUGUCCUCAGAAACAUCUCAUUCAGAGCUGUCUCAAAUUCACGACUCACUUGUUGAAGAAACUACCGAAACAGAAGAGCAGAAAAAUAUCAGUGAAGAUGAUAACCCAGAUGUUAAGAAAGGCUUGCAUGUGGAGGUAAUCUAAAAUCUUCAGAUAAUGUAGUAGAUAUGCUGAAGUUAAAUGGUUACUCUAAUCACCAUGGCCACUUUAGUUAUUUGAAGUGGUAAUGGUGCCUGGAUUCUGUAUGUGCAGCAUUUUGGUGGGAAACGGAGUACAUACUGCGUUUUAUCUCUGGCUGCAUGUUUGGGGUGUCAGUCUGGGCAUUCAUUGGCUGAGAGCGAUGUUCAGCUGACGUUUUCAGCCAAUGAAUGAGUACCAGGAUUGGAAUCCAGCUUCUGCAAGCAGGGACUUUGAAAUAAGACCUCUCCAAUGAUAGAGGCAUGUUAUAACAGGAUGAACUCCGAAAUAAUGCAUUUAUGUAAAACAACUAAUUGGCUACAUUUCCCAUUGUUUGUUUUGUAUUUUUUGCCUUUUUUUUGUUUGUUUCAUGGUUUUUGAAAAUCCAGUUGAAUCAUAUUUAGCAAUAACUACGGUUUGUACAUAAACAUUUUGGGUUUUUUUCUUUCUUUAUAAUGGUUAAAACUUCUAGAUUUUAUUAGUACGAUGUUGUAUUGGGAUGUAUAUUUUCCUAGUGAAUCAACAUAAUGUUCAAUGGUUUAACUCUAAGCCUUAUCUUGCUGCCUUUUAAACAAUGCACACAUUGGUCCUUGUGCGCUCUCCUCUAGACAUUGAGCAGUGUUGAAUUAACGGUGGUUGUCAAAUUCUUUGUGCUUCGUUUCGAGAAGGACAUCUGAUGAUUCUAAUAGUGGAUUAGUGUGUCUCGUAGUAUGUAAUUAUGUUUUAGAACAAGAAUAAUGUCCUGUCUGUCCUGUCUUUAAGGAGGUAUAUAUGCUGUCUAUUGAAAGCCUGGCGGAGAUUACAGCUCGCUGCAUUGAGCAACUACACAAAGUGGCUGAAUUAAUUCUCCAUGGGCAAGAUGUAGAGAAACCAGCGAAAGACCAAGUGGUGGUUUUAACCAAGUAAGUAUACAUUUUAUUUCCAUUUACAACAUUACUCUGAUAGCUGUAAGCACUUGGGUAACCAUUCAGUAAAGUAAUGUGCAUUUUCAGACGACACUAACUAGAGGUUUUAAAAAACUUUAUAACUAGGAAAUGUGCUGGGUAAUUGGCUUCAAUCCCCCAACCACACCCCCAAAAAUGUAAAAACAUAAAAUAAAGGAAAGCGGAAAAGAAAAGUAAAGUUAAGUGAUGUAUUGGAAAUGGAAAGUGCUGGAGGGAUGUUUGAGGGAGACACCCAGAGUUUCCAUGUGCUGGCUUUCUUGCAGCCAUAUUGCCUUUUUGAUGUAUGAAGUAGCUUUGUAUGUUUGAAGAGCUUAUAUCAUUUACAACGUAAUACGAUCAUAUCAUGCGCUUUGUGCCUGGCGUCCAGAAAUAUUAGGUCUCAUAGCUUUAAUAACUAGAAUUAUAAAUCUUCCAGUAAUAGUAAUGUCCUGUGUCUUGGGCAAGCUGUGGGUUGAUUAUAUGUAUGAUUCAGGACUAAUUUGGAAAUUUUCUAGAGAAUUCUGAACUAUUUUUUUCCACAUCUUCAUCUCUUCUGAGGGCAUUUCUGGGUAAUUUCACAUCGAUUUAAAAUAGGCUCUAGCUAUGAGUUUAGGUCAAUUCAGAAGUUGGUAAAUUGUAGUAAAUUGCAAUUUUCGGGCUAAGAUAGCUGAGCUGUGAUUAUAUUGGAAUUGGUGUUUUUUCCCCCCAAAUCUGCUGUUUUAGACUACAUUUCACAUUUUUGUUUGUUACAUUUUGGAGUUUACUGGAACCUCGGUUUAAUGAGUGAAUCUGAAGCAAAUUUGUGCUUCACAAUUUCCUCAAAUUCUUCAGAUGUGCUUUCCCCCUCCCCUAAAUGUUGAGGGGCGAUGGGGAGGGGGUAAACAGUGCCUCAAUUGAAGUGCCAGGCAAAUAAAUGAUUCUGCAAGACUUGUAGUAGUUUCAGCUCUCCUUAGAUAAUGAGAUGAUGGGUUGUCACGGUGAACGGAUGCCUCGAGCAGCCUCAGAUUAAUGUGGUUACAUUUUCUUUUAUUUCUAGAAUUCUAUAAAACAUUUGUGGGAGAAUAUUUCUAAAGAGACGAACCUGUCUAUAAUUUCAGUACUAGAUAGCCCAUGUGAGUGCAAAUAGUCUAAUCUGCAAAUUGUGUAGGUUUUCUCAAUAUUAGCAGUAGUGAGCUUAAACCUGCCCAAGGACAAGGUACUUAGCAUGUGUUUCUUAUGCUCGGAUUCUUUUUACUGGAUAAAUUGUAAGGCAAUAAAAAUACUAAAACCGUUAUCCAAUCAUUUUUUAAGAAGAAAUUAAAAAACUCUACAAUAGGAUACAAGAGUCAAGUAGCACAUUCUUUAAUAUAUAUUAAGUCUGUUAGUGAGUCUAUAACUCAGACAGUGCGAGAUUACACACAGUUAAACAGUUUGCAAAGGUGAAACCUUUUUAUUACCGCAAUCUGUUGGGAUCUGUCCUCAAAUUAUGAAAAUGAAUGCACCUCUCUUUCAAUUAAACAUUUCACUCGUUUAAUGGAUCAAUAAUGCUUUAAUGUAAAUGGCUUUUAAAUGAACUGACACAUGGAGACCGCUUUAAGUGUUAUUUGCCAUUACCUGCCCGUCACGAUUUUUACUGCAACGUAUUGAAACACUGUCUGGAGAGACUGUAGAUAAACCUCACCGCUAAAUAACGAAACCAUUCAGUGCAAGUCAAAUGCAUAUUCUAAUGGGCUGCCUGGUGCAUUAUCCCAAUCAGAGUGCAGCUGGAAUUCAAAUAAUGGUUGGCUAUUACAAAAUGCACAGAGUAUUGUAAAGUAAUGGUAGCCCAUUGCUUUCAAGUACAGAUUUGUCAGGGAUAUAAAUAUAAAAAGAUGUAUGUGUUUGUAUGUAUUUUUAUUACAUUUUAACUUGAGUAUUACAGUUUCUUGUUAUAUGGAACUGAAAAUGGGUAAUAUUCAUUAUUCACAGCCAAAGAGGAAUUUUUUUUUUGUAUUUAAGAAAAUAACCAGGUUAGUAUAAAAAGCAAUACCUUACAGAAAUAAUAUUAAGUAUUUUAAAAACAAACUUAUCUUUGCAAAAUGUUUUUUCUUCUUCUUCUGCAGGUUAACCAGUGCGAUGUGUAAGGAGGUAUCCUCGUUAUCAAAGAAUUUUUCCAAUUCUCUAACCUCAGCUGGAGUAAGUAUAGCUAACACCUUGACUGGUCUGGAUUCGUUAUUGCCUGGAGAAAAUAUUUGACCAUGUAUCAGUCUGUAGAACUAACGAUGGAUAAUAAUUAAUAGAAAUAUAUAAAUUUAUAUAAAACCUAAUCCAUUAUUUUAAUAGAAUAUAUACAACUUUGGACAUCUGUUCUAGCUUUUUUUUAAAUGUAUUUUAUUUUUUUAAAGAGCAAGACAAAGGCAGAAAUCCUGAAUCCAAUGAUCAACAGUAUCAACCUGGAGGUAAUAUUGUAUAUUUUUAUGUUAUCCACAUUCUGCAUAAACCAAUGGGUGGUAUUUGCAAAUGUCAAGUAAGAUACCCAUUUUCCCCACAAAGAUAAUAAUUUGUGGGGGGGAAGGGGAUUUUUUUUAGUAUUAUUAUUACCUUGCAAUUUAUUUAUAUUUAGACAUUUUCUCCCACAAAUGUUUUAUUUAUUCAAUACGGAAUUUCAAAAAUGUAGGCAAUAUAGCCUAGUUCUAAAAUCAUGGAAAACCUACACAAAUGCCAGAAAAGCUCUUUCUGUGCAAAAAAUGAGUGACUUUUCUAACCAGGAGUAAAGGGAUCUAUUCACUAAGUGGUGAAUAAAUAGUGAGAUUAGGCAACUUGACAAGCAACUUGCGCAAUAGUGGAGUUUGUUAUUACAAGUGUCUAUUUAUUACAACUCACUCUUUACAGAAUAAAACCCACAUUUUCUGAUUUUCAGCUUUUUUUUCAUGCAUAAUAGUAUUCUUAUAUCUGAGUGUAAAAAUGUGCACAAGUGAUGUGACUUUCUUGUUGAAUGUGCAGAAAUGUGAUUGCACGUCGUUUGGGGAAAAUGUAAUCGAGAAUGCCUUUAUUUGGGGAAAGGUUUCUUUUGUUUGUUUCUGCUGAAGCAAAUUAUUAUUUUCUACGAUGCAACCUGUUUCCUUGUUUGUUUGUAGAAUAUAAACUUCUCUUUUUUUUUUUUUUUCGUGUUUAUGCGUUUCACCUGAUUUGUUACAAUGUGACUCCCUGGUGAAUCUUUUAAUUCUGCAAGAUAAAUCUAGCACGAUAGUUGGCAACCUUAGGCACUGCGGAUGUUGCGGACUACAUCUCCCCUGAUGCUUUGCCAGCAUUAUGGCUGAACGAGCAUUAUGGGAGAUGUAGUCCACAACACCUGGAGUACCGAAGGUUGCCUACCCUUAAUCUAGAUCAGUACAAACGCACAUGCCAGAUGUUUUCCAUUGGAUGGCAUGUGGACGCCAUCACAGUGACGAUAAAAGAAAUGUUCAGAAAAAUAAUCUUUUUUUUUUUUCACAGGGAUGCAACAGCACCACCUACAUCCAGGAUGCAUUCAGACUGCUUCUCCCAGUAAUGCAGUAUUCUUAUAUCCAGGCCACUUCUUCAAAAUCAUAGGACUUUCUCUGAACAGGCACACAUGUGCUAUAUCCCACAAUAUAGCAUCAUCUUCCACAGGGAAAUGGAAGAGUCACUACUUGGCCGGUCCUGCUGCUUUAUAGGAGCUUUAUAUUGGUUAUAUGCAGUUUUGCACAUUGUUGAAAUUGAUUAAGAUAUAUUUUUGGAUAGUCUUUUUGAUUAUUUGUAGACCAUGUGAUAUCACAAAUCGUUUUGUACGUGUUAUUUCCCUGAAAAUGAAGUCAGAGAAGUAUUAUGAAUAAGUAUUAUAAGUUAAAACCUGCUUUACGCUGUCUCUUCUACUGCUGUUGCUCAUCGUGGAGCCCACUAUUGUAAUCCAGUUAGAAACUAAUUUACCGUAAUUAAUUCCAUGGAUGAAUGAUUACACAUCAGGACAAACCAUUUCAUAAAUGUAAAAUGCGUUGUAUUAAGAUUAAAAGACUAGCUAAAUAAUUAAUCACUUUUUUUUGUAGUUAUUCAUAAUGUAAAAGAAACUAUUAGCCAAGGUUAAAUGUUAUCUGUAUCUCGGUUAAAGGUGGACAAGCCAGGCCUUGAUUGAUCCACUCUCAGACCAAUAGUUUGGCCGAAUUCUGACCUGAUGUAAUUUUCACUGAAUACUCAUUAUUUUGUUUGUUCAAAUGGUGGACCUCAAACUUUAUGCACAUACAGUGUCAGCCUCAGCCAUGAUAUAAGAGGCUCAUCUUAUCUCCGAACUUGUCUCAGACUUGAAAUGUGUCUUUUCUCAGGUCUUCUUGAUUCUGAGUCAGUCUUAAGAACAUGGUUCAGGUAGAUUGCAACAGAUAAUGUUAUUGGCAUGUGACCGCUUUGUAGGGUCUAUUUAUUGGCUGAAAUCACCAGCUUUGGCACAGUGCAGGAGUGUCUAUCUGCAGAGGAGGCAUUGGCAGAAACCCAUCAGAACCCAUGUAUGUUGACAAACCAUUCUUAAAUGAUUUAACUACUUACUCUGAGAGGUUGGUAGGUCAUUCCUGGAACCAUAACCACAAGCGAGACAACAUAAGAGCUGGAGCUACUAUAGCUGCAGUCCAGCAGAGGGCAGUGUGAGACAUGUUAAUAGUGACCUACAAUGCAAUUCAGUGCUUGUAACCUAUAUGUCCGGAUACAUCUACAUGAGCACAAUCCAAGAUGACCAUACCUUAUUACCUUUCUUCUGCUGCGAAUGGUGCAGAAAUCAGACAUUAUAAUUUUAAAACCUGACCUAAACAUUAGUCAUAUCUCGAGCUCAGACAAUAUCAUACGGUUAAUGACAAAACAAACUGACUUUUUUUGAGGCGCUUUUACAUCAAAACAGUUGAGCCAAGUUGAUUGAUGAUAGUAGGUGACCGGUGUCUCACUGAUAUUUUAUGUUUGAUAUGGACAUUAUAGUGUGUGUUGUUUUUUUGUUGUUGUUUUUUAAGGUAGCUAAAUUAACAAUGUGCCCGUUAUAUUACCAAUGUCAAUAUAUUGUAGUUACAGUGCUAAUUUGUAAUUUAACCGGUGUUGAGGAAUCACAAGUAAACCUUGCUUGUCCACGUCAUCAAAUCAAGCCGUGUCAAAGUAUCAGAGCUUUAGGGUAGUCAUAGUUUUAUUAUUUGUUAUAACGUCAGCAUCGUUAUCGGCUUGUAGGCAGCCGUUAAUGUGUUGAUAAGUAUGGAGCGUUAGAUUGUAAUUUCCUUAAUAGCUAGUAACUAAAGAAUGAAAAAUAGAUUCAACAUGAGUGACUAUUUUCUAAGGUAUUCUAAGUCUCCGUUUGAGUUUUACUGCAAGUAAAUGAAUCCAUGAUUUCUGAGCACACGGUAACUGUGGAUAAUGUAGAAUAGGGGUAGUCAACCUGCUGCGCUACAGAUGUUGUGGACUACACCUACCCUGUUGCUUUGCCAGCAUUAUGGCUAUACGAGAAUCAUGGGAGAUAUAGUCCACGACAUAUGGAGUUCAGAAGGCUUCUGACCCCUGAUGUAGAACAUUGUGGUUUUUGGUGUAUUUCCCAGUACUGCCUGGGGGGAAAAAAAGGUUUUCUAUUAUCACAUCAAUAUCCUCACUCUCGCCAAACGUUAUUAUAUCUAUUGAACAUGGGGAAGCAUUUACUAUUAAAACCAAAAAGGUUACACAAUUGAGUUAACAUUAAAUUUAAGUGUGUAAUUUAAGUAUAUUUUACUGACCGCAAGAUAUGCAGUGAAGGACCAAAUCUAAAACACAGUACUCUGAUCUCUUAAAAUAGUUGCUGUAUAUAUUCUACUUAUUAGUCUAAAUACAAAUCUAUAUUGAUGCUAUUUUUUUCCCCCCAGUAAAUAUCUUGAGCCCCCCUCUCCAUAAUGAUCAAUGGUCUGAGUGUAAUUCAGAAGACAGAAUUACUAGAACUGUAUUUACAAUUAAUUACACACAGAUUUCUCUAUUUUGUACCAGCUGAACAUUGAUAAUUUGGCUUUUAAAAUGUUUCCAUGUAUAUUUAAUUUACUUCUUACAUUUACAGUGUUUAUCAAUAUAUAUUGUUUGUUUCACCAUUCUAACUAAGCAUAGAGCCAUAGAACUAUCAUAUGUUUUUUCAAAGUGCUACAAGGAUACAAGAGAUUCAUCCAGAUAAGACGUGCCCAAACUUGGCGAUUCAUUAGACUUUAUUAUCCAAAAUACAUGAUAAUACAGAAUAUAGCCCAGAAGUCAUUGUUCCCUGAAAAAGAAUCUCAUAUGUGGGUGGAGUUAUUGCAAAAUUACUGCUAAGCUCCACCCCUGAGUCACACAGCACCCCUGCAGAAUAGUGCUCUAGGCAAGUGCCUGUAUAUAUCACUACAUCAGUCUAUAAAUAUAUAUCCUAUUGCUUAUCAAUAUUUUGUCUCAUGUUUCCAAAUUGCUGUAAAUAGCCAAAAUAGUUUAGGAAUGUAUACUGGUUUUGUCAUGUUAAUUAAAUGGCUUGCACCAAUGUAUCCUACGGAAUCCUAUCAUGACGGUGUUUAAUAAUUUUUCAUUCAGAAAACUUGCUUUAAAGAUCUGAUAACAUGAACUGCUUUUCUGGAAGUGUUUAUGUACUGUUAAUAGUUUGUCAGAGUUGGGAGGGGGUGUAACAUUUUUUAAUUAAAUAUUUUAAUAUGUGCCAUAAGUAAGGUGCUGUAAUUUGGUUUAUAAAUUUUCAUUGGAAACAUUAAAAGGUAUAUUUAAAUUUCAAAGCUGGUAUCGUUCCUUAACCUGUCAUACCCAAUAUUAAUCUGUAAUACCCAAUAUUCAUCUUGGCUGAAG